UUCCUCAUGCACAACAGUCCCAAAAAUCACUGGAGAAAUGAUAAAUCCCUCCCAGCAAGGAGAUGAGAUUAUGGGGUUCAGAUGCCCCUUUUGCACAUGCCCUCUGCCUGAGAACACUAUCACUCAUUGAGCAGGCACUACACUAUACCAAAACAAUUUCGUAAGUUGCUCUCCAUUUGAGACAGAUGUCAGAUUCCUAAUGGAACUGAAUAUAUCUUUAGUCAUUGAGUAAGAAAUAUUAAGUGGCUAGACAGUUCUGCUUUAUGGUUUAGACACAGUCAGUGAGGAUACAGGCAUGAGAGAUGUUCUCUGGGAAACAGGCAGAGACAACUUCUUGUCCUAUUUCAGGGAGGCCUAAACAUCGUUAACUCAUCUUCCGAGUCAUGGCCCUAACUAAACAUACAGAGUUAAAAAACAACCAACAGUACUAACUGUAUGUAUUUGAAUAGCAAGAAAACGUUUAUUACAUUCCAGCUAAGAGUGGAUACAUUUUGAGUCUGAAUGAGAAUAUGUCCACUCUCAUUUGUAGCCUUUGGAAAUAAUUGGAAUAAUCUUUUUAGCCACAGGGGGCCAUUUUAAGCUUAUAGAGACCGGAAUAAUGUCUCUAAACAAAUAAUCCAUGGCAGACGACACUCCUCGGAAACCCGCGAACCGCCCCUUUAAAAAGGGAUAAUCACAUUCCUUUCCCCCCAAGGUUAGUCAUUUCCCAGCGCCACUCUCAGUGCCCCAGAACCUUUUUUUUUCUUUUUUUAAGUAUGGCUGAUUUAAAAUGUUAUAUUGGUUUCACGUAUACAACAUAGUGUUUUAAUUUUUUUUUUUUUGGCCCCGUCAAGCGACAUGUGGGAUCUUACCCAUGCCCCCUGCAGUGGAAGCGCGGAGUCUUAACCACUGGACCGCCAGGGGUCCCGUGAUUCAAUAUUUUUAUAGCGUGUACUUCAUUUAAAGUUAUUACAAAGUAAUGGCUAUAUUUCUCCGUGCUGCGCAGAACCUUUCUUCGCCAAGGUGGACGCCGGGAACGUCCUCCUGCGCAGCUGUGGAAACUACACUACCCAGAGGGCAAUGCUCCCAAUGGUGGCGGAAUUGAGCCAAUGAAAGCCCAGGGCAGAGAUAUUUCCGUGCGUGGGCUUCGCUUCGGGGCGGGACUUCUGGCGUCUUCCUUGUGGCGGUCAUUUUGGCGUUUCUCAGGUCCACUCAGAGGCUCGGAGCCAGGGGUCCUAAAAGAGAAGGCGCCAGAGGCCUCCACAGAGGCGGGUACAAGGCUUGGCGGCGGCGCAUCUCAGGGUGCCCCGUGACAGGCUGAGAUCGGGACCUCCACGCCUCACAGACUCCGCCUCGCCCACAGACUCCGAUGGCGGCGGCGGCUCUGAGGGACCCGCCUCAGGGUAUGAAAUUUGAGGAUGUGGCCAUUGACUUCUCCCAGGAGGAGUGGGGGCUCCUUGAUGAGGCUCAGAGACUCCUGUACUACAAUGUGAUGCUGGAAAACUUUACACUUGUAGCAUCCCUGGGUUGUUGCCAUGGAACAGAAGAUGAGGAGGCCCCUUCUGAGCAGAGUAUAUCUGUAGAAGGAGAGUCACAGGUUAGGGCUUCUAAGGCAGGUCCAUCCACCCAGAAGACCCACCCCUGUGAGAUGUGUGUCCCCAUCUUAAAAGAUAUUUUGCAGCAAGCUGAGCACCAAACACUAUACCCUUUGCAGAAACCAGACUUGAGUGGCACAUAUGUGAGAUGCUUCUGUUUCAUUGCAAACCUUCACCAGCAACAGUGGCAUGACAGUGGAGAGAAGCCCUGGAAAAGAGAUGUGGACAGGGCCUCGCUUGUGAGGAGCUGCAACUUCUUUGUGCCAGGGAAGCCUUUCACCUGUAGGGAGGCUGGGGGGGACUUCCCAGCCACCUUGGGCCUUCUCCAGCACCAGGCCACACCCAACGGUGAGGAACGACAGAGUGGCAGCAAGAGUGGACAGGCCUUUCACAGUGAAAAAAGUCAUUACAAGUGGGGUGAAUGUGAAAAAGUUGCCAGCCACAGCCACACACUUGUUCAAGAUCAAAGUGUCCACUCUAAAGAAGGGCUUUAUGAGUGUAACAAAUGUAGGAAAGCCUUCAACUGCAACUACAGACUUGUUCAGCACCAGCAAAUUCACACUGGACAAAGACCAUAUGAGUGUGGUGAAUGUGGGAAAUUCUUUAGCCAUAUCUCUGGCCUUGUUAAACACCUGAGAAUUCACAGUGAUACAAAGCCUUAUGGAUGCAGAGAACGUGAAAAAUUAUUUACCCACAACUUUAGUCUUACAAAACACCAGAAAAUUCACAGUGGAGAAAGGACUUAUGAAUGCAGUGAAUGUGGAAAAGUCUUCAGUCACAAAUCCAAACUCAUUCACCACCAGAGACAACACACUGGAGGAAUGCAUUUUGAGUGUGGUGAGUGUGGGAAAUUCUUUAGCUACAAAUCCAACCUCAUUGAACACCAGAGAGUUCACACUAAAGAAAGACCUUAUGAGUGCAGCAAAUGUGGGAAGUUCUUUAGACAAAGUUCUAGCCUUUUCCGACACCAGAGAGUUCACACUGGAGAAAGGCCUUAUGAGUGCAGUGAAUGUGGGAAAGCCUUUAGACAAAUUUUUAAUCUCAUUCGACAUGGUAGAGUUCACACUGGAGAAAUGCCUUAUGAGUGUAGUGAAUGUGGGAAAUCUUUUAGCUGCAAAUCUGAACUCGUUCAACACCAGAGAAUUCACAGUGGAGAAAGGCCUUAUGUGUGCAGUGAAUGUGGGAAGUCGUUUAGACAGUUCUCUAACCUCAUUCGACACCGGAAUGUUCAUACUGGAGAAAGACCAUAUGAGUGCAGUGUUUGUGGAAAAUCCUUUAGUCGCAAAUUUAUCCUCAUUCAACAUCAGAGAGUUCACACUGGAGAAAGACCUUAUGAGUGCACUGAAUGUGGAAAAUCUUUUACCCGCAAAUCUGACCUCAUUCAACACCAGAGAAUUCAUACUGGCACAAGACCUUAUGAGUGCAGUGAAUGUGGGAAAUCCUUUAGACAACGCUCUGGGCUUAUUCAACACCGGAGAAUUCAUUCUGGGGAAAAGCCUUAUGAAUGUGGGGAAUGUGGGAAAUCCUUUAGCCAAAGUGCUAGCCUCAUUCAACAUCAGAGAGUUCACACUGGGGAAAAACCAUAUGAGUGUAAUGAGUGUGGGAAAACCUUUAGCCAAAGUUCUAGCCUCAUUCAACACCAGAGAGGGCACACUGGUGAGAGACCUUAUGAGUGCAGUGAAUGUGGGAAACUCUUUACUCACAAAUCUGACCUCAUUCAACACCAGAGAGUUCAUACGGGAGAAAGACCUUAUGAAUGUACUGAAUGUGCGAAAUCCUUUAGCCGCAAAUCUAACCUCCUCAGACACUGGAGAGUUCAUGCUGGAGAAAAGCCUUAAAUGUGCAGGGAAUGUUUUCUUUCCUCACUCAUUAUAGCAACACUGGAGGAGACUGUGUGAGAGCCGUUUACCUGAAUUUAAACCUCUUAUUCAAACAUACACCAUGCAAGAUUGCUCAUAAGUUUCAGUUACAUCUAAGGCUUUAUGGAGAUGCAUUAUACUUUGUAACCUGCCCAGAGCUGCUGUUAGAUUUAUGUCACUGCCAUUUUCUGUGGCUGAAGCCAUUUCACCCCUGUACAUCAGGCACCACUCCAACAGGCUCAGGAAAGCUGAACUCUGUGUUCUCCCAUCUGCUUGAGGAAAUUAUGAAUAGCCCAACCCCUUAGCAGGAUCCUCAUUCCUUUCUCUCUGAUUUCAGGGAAUGGACCUGACCCAGGUUGGGUCCAAAGGACCUAUCAGCUUGCUAAGAAGGACUACCUUUUUCAGGGACAUUAUUGUUCUCACAUCAUACUUGUGAUGAAUUUUUCCAGGUUCUGAUUUACCAACCUGGAAACUGCUUGCUGCACGUUGCUCUGGUUUAUGAUCUUUUGUAAAGGCCUCCUCUUGCACCUUUAAUUUUGGCCGUUCUUUUCUCUCUUCCAUGGGGGUUUGGAAGCAAAAUUGUGAUCUGUUAGCAUGUAGAGGUGAACAGAUUAAUUUGUAUUGCUUCCCAAGGCCUUGAAAGAAAGACUGCAGGUCUCUGUGGUCCUAAUUCGUGGAAUGGGGCCAGGAUUUUCGGAGAGGUCGGAAGUCACCCUGAAGAGGAGGCCUUUGUUGUGAGAAGCCCCAGUGCUUCUGUGACCCACAUGAAUUUUAUUCCCUUGUUCACAUAAUUCCCAGCACCAUUGAGGGGACCUCAUCCCCAGGUCCUAUAAAGGAGCCAUGUGCCAUGGUGUACAAAUUUUCAAUGACAUUUUCAGUGUCAUUUAUUGUUAGACUACAAGGGUCAGGUAGAACCAUAAUUUGAGUUACUGAACCAAACUCAGGUCCACUUGCCCAUGUGCAGCACAGCCAAUCUACUGACACCAGGUUGUGAUGAAGUGAAGUACAGCAUUUACUGUAGGGCAUCAAGCAAGAAGAAUGGGCAGCUAAUGUUCAAAAGACCUGAACUCCCCAAUGGUUUUCAAGGAAGGGUUUUUAAAGGCAACAUUUGGUUUGAGUGUUGCAGCUCGUGGACUUUCUUCUGAUUUUUUAGUAUUGAGGUAACAGAGUGAUGUUUUCAUUAUCUUAAUCAUCAGCCUGCUAGUUCCAACCAGUCUGGGGUCUAUGUGCUUGUGGACAGCAUGUAGUCACCAUCUUCCACAUGGGUGGUGGUCUUGGUUUCUGCCGAACAGCACAAAGAUAUGUGUCAGAUUGUUGUUAUAUGUAUCACUUGAGGAGGAACAAGGACUCUGAUUUAUAGCUGAACUAUUGUUUAAGCUGUCAUUACUUUUCCUUGACUGCUUUUCCUUUGUUUCUGUAUUCCCUCACUUCCCUAAUUAGGAACUGCUUGAGUCUGCUCUUUGGAACUCAGGGAAGACCUUGGAGUCUAAAACCUCUUUCUACUAACAAACAAGGGACACAUGGAGGGGCUUUUGUACCCAGGAGGGCCUGCAGGGUCCUGCUUUUAUUUGAUACUCCUCAAUCCUGAGGGGAACAGGGUCAGGACAAGAAAAGGAAUACAGUUUUGUGUAGAGAUGUUGAUCAUAAAUUUACCAGGGAGACUUGGUUUUCGGGGGGUUGGUUUUGUUGGUGCAGAAACACUGGAUUAAUAGGGAGUUGAGGAGACUGCAGUAAAUUAGAUGGAAUGUACCUCUUCUAAAAGUUCAUCCACAAAU